AUGAAGAUUUCCAAGGCCUGCCUCUCGUUUGUCCUCUUCGCUGUUGCCCUUGCCGCCCCUACCCCUAAUACCUCACAGGGUACCAGUGCGCUUGGACGUCGUGCUGGUGGAGCUGCCGCUGAGAACCCGAAUGCCCUUCUCAACGGUGUUGUCGAGGCUCUGGAGCCGUUCACAAAGGGUCUUGGAGUCACCGCGAACCAACUUCUCUUUGGUGCGGGUGCCGGUACUGGUGGAGCUGCGGGUACUGGUGGAGCUACCGGUACUGGUGGCGGUACUUCUGGUGGAGCUGCCGGUACUGGUGGUGGUGCUCCUGGUGGUGCCACUAAUACUGCCGGUGGAGCUGCCAGUGGCAAUCCGAAUGCCCUUCUCAACGGUAUUGUCGAGGCUCUGAAGCCAAUUACUAAGGCUCUUGGAAUCACCCUGGAUCAGCUCCUCUUUGGCAUCAGUGAAGCUGAUAGUGCUAGUGGUUCUGGCACUGCCGGUGGUGCCGGUAAUGCAGGUGGUGUUGGUACUGCCGGUGGUGCUGGUAAUGCAGGUGGCGCCGGUACUCCUGGCGGUGCUACGGGCGCUGCUGGUGGAGCUGCCAGUGGAGCUGCCAGUGGCAAUCCGAAUGCCCUUCUCAACGGUGUUGUCGAGGCUCUGAGGCCAAUUGCCAAGGCUCUUGGGAUUACGUUGAACCAGCUCCUCUUUGGUAUCAGUGAGGCUGGCAAUGCCUAG